UGGCAUUGGUCUAUUAUUGGAAGGUAAUACAUUAUCUCCAUGUUUGAUUUGCAAUAUCAAGUUCUAGCUAGACGCAGAGUCUCUAAGCAUGGAUACUUGCACUGUUGCAGUAAUUUAUUAAAGACUCUAAGUGGAACUGCAAUAUUUUCGGGACAAAUGAGAAGUGAUGACCAAAAAAUUUCUACUCGGCUGAUGAUGUAAAAGUUUCCUCGUACAGAACAUGCCAAAAAUCGAACAUCGAAAUUUGAAGGGUGAUAAUUUUUUAAACAAGAUUUGCCAUUGGGAAUAAACUUCAAAGAAAAUGAAUUUGAAACAAAAGAAUUUCUUGCUUUUAUUUGGCUUGGUUAUCAUGGUAAUUACAAUUUAUCGACUAUAUAGUACAAAAAAUAGCAGUGAAAGUGAAAGUCAAGGAAAUAUAGUGCUCAAUAAAAAUCUAGUUCAGGCGGGGUCAUUGAAUAUACCGGAAACAUCAAAAACUCAGAUUAGUAAUUCUGACACGAAGCAGUUCGGUAAUAAACAAAACAGUGUUUCAGAAAAAAAUGCUGAUACAUUAACCUCUCAACAAAAUCAACCUCUUGACUUUCACGAAUCAAUUCCGGUCAUCCUCAGAGAUUGUGGACAGCUAUGCAACACUUCCCGACAUGGAUUACCCGGACCAUAUUUUGAUCAUAUAAAAGCUCCAAUCGAUUGCACAGCUUUAUUUAAAAACGAUUAUAUUGAUAGAGGACAUGGCCUUAAAGUCGCACCGAGAAGAAUUCCGAAGGAGUUGUUGGAUGCUUAUACAAUGAAUGGUCGAGUAAGGGUCUCUAAUUUAUACUUUAAUCAACAGUAUUUAGGGAAAAAGGCAGAGACUUCAUUUUGGUCUAAAGAAAUGAUUGACCUGUGGGUAGGAAGAGCAAAGAACGGAACAUUACAAGGAACUUAUUAUGCUGAUGAAACAAAUGCUUUACGAGAUGGAUUACGACACGCAUCAUCAAUCAAAGAUGGACGAGUUCUAGUAAUUGGAUCGGAAAAUCCUUGGGUCGAGGCUUGUGCAUUAGAAGCAGGUGCACGUGAAGUAGUAACUUUAGAAUAUGGGCGUAUAACAUCAACACACCCUAAGGUAAAAACUUUGGUGCCAUAUGAAUUUCGUAUGAUGUAUUUAAAUGGCACUCUUGGAACAUUUGAUGCUAUAGUUACGUUUAGUUCAGUAGAACAUUCUGGACUUGGUAGGUAUGGAGACGGAUUAAAUCCUUGGGGCGAUAUCAUUGCAAUUGCAAGAGCAUGGUGUGUGACAAAACCUAAAGGUUCACUAACGAUAGGUGUUAUGUAUAAUUACAAUACCGACAUGUUAAGAUACAACGCCGACCGAUGGUACGGAAAGGUCAGAUAUCCUUACCUUACAACUAACUGGAAACAAGUUUACAAAGGUAGAGGUAUACAAAAAGUUCAUGUUUUUGAGAAAGAUGACAUAUAAUGUUAACCUAUGCAUAUAGAUCAAAUUGUAUUUUGAUAUUAUUUUUACAAAUUUUUAUUUUCAUAAUUUUACAUUUACGUAAUUAAAUAUUUUACACAUGAACAA